UGGUUGGAGGCACACAAAAGACGUGGCAAUGGCGGAGUAAUCACCUUCCUUCCCUGAAUUUAUUCCUUCCUUUUAACCAAUUCUCUGUUCUGUUGUGUUGUGUUUCAACUUUCAAUUUCAAUUUGCGAACAGAACAGAUCCUUCCUUAAUUGUCAAUCCAAUCCAAUGCUCACCGUCAAAUUCCUUUUCUCUCUACUCCUCACCUUCUCUCUCCUCUCCGUCUCCGUCACCGUCACCGCCCGUCCCUUCGUCCUCGUCCUUUCCCAGGAAGACUUCAAGGACGAAGCCCCCACCGAUUCCGACUCCGCCGCCGAGUGGGACGACUUCGGCGACUCCGACCCCCACAAGUCCGAGGACGAUCUCGACCCCGGCUCAUGGCGCCCCAUCUUCGAGCCCGAACCCUCUCCCUCCGACUCCGACUACGACUCCCUCUACUACUCCGGCGUCGCCAAGCUCAUAUCCGGUGACGCCCGUGAGGGAGCUGGGGAGAUCGAGGCAGCGGCUGAAUCUGGCCACCCGGCGGCGCAAUCUGUCUUAGGGUUUUUGUGGGGAAUGGGGCUUUUGAGAGAAAGAAGCAAAUCCAAGGGUUUUCUGUACCAUCACUUUGCUGCUGAGGGUGGCAAUAUGCAGUCCAAGAUGGCUCUCGCUUACACCUACACACGCCAAGAUAUGUUUGAAAAAGCCGUUAAGCUUUAUGGCGAAUUAGCACAAGUAGCAGUCAAUAGUUUUCUCAUUUCAAAGGACUCACCGGUCAUUGAACCGGUCAGGCUUCACAACGGAGCUGAGGAGAACAAGGAAGCUCUCAGAAAAUCCAAAGGGGAAGAGGAUGAUGACUUUCAGAUUCUCGAGUACCAGGCUCAGAAAGGGAAUGCCGCUGCCAUGUACAAGGUUGGCCUCUUUUACUACUUCGGCCUCCGAGGCUUGAGGCGUGACCACUCCAAGGCACUCUCCUGGUUCUUGAAGGCUGUUGACAAGGGUGAGCCUCGCUCCAUGGAGCUUCUCGGUGAGAUCUAUGCUAGAGGAGCUGGUGUUGACAGAAACUACACUAAGGCCUUCGAAUGGCUUACCCUUGCUUCCAAACACCACCUCUAUUCUGCUUAUAAUGGCAUGGGCUAUUUGUACGUCAAAGGCUAUGGUGUUGACAAGAAGAAUUACACUAAAGCAAAAGAGUAUUUUGAAAUGGCUGCUGAUAAUGAUGAGGUUGGCGGCCACUAUAACCUCGGUGUCAUGUAUCUCAAGGGGAUUGGAGUGAAAAGAGAUGUCAAGCUGGCUUGCAAGUUCUUUAUAGUGGCUGCAAACCACGGUCAACCAAAGGCAUUCUACCAGCUGGCAAAGAUUUUCCAUCUUGGUGUUGGCUUCAAGAAGAAUAUUCCCUUGGCUACUGCCCUAUACAAACUAGUUGCAGAGCGAGGUCCAUGGAGUUCUCUGUCUAGAUGGGCACUAGAGUCAUACUUAAAAGGUGAUAUUGGGAAGGCUUUUAUGUUGUAUUCAAGGAUGGCUGAGCUGGGCUAUGAGGUGGCACAAAGUAAUGCUGCUUGGAUUCUUGACAAAUAUGGAGAACGUAGCAUGUGCAUGGGUGAAAUUGGAUUUUGCACUGAUGCAGAAAGGCAUCAGAGGGCACAUUCUCUUUGGUGGCAAGCUUCUGAGCAGGGUAAUGAACAUGCUGCUUUACUCAUUGGAGAUGCAUAUUACUACGGUCGGGGUACUAACAGGGACUAUGAGCGAGCUGCUGAGGCUUACAUGCAUGCCAAAUUGCAAUCUAAUGCACAAGCCAUGUUCAAUCUUGGUUACAUGCAUGAGCAUGGCCAUGGACUUCCAUUUGACCUUCAUAUGGCCAAGCGUUACUAUGAUGAAGCUCUAGAGCAUGAUGCUGCAGCCAAGUUGCCAGUCACAUUGGCUCUUACAAGCUUGUGGGUCCGCAAGAACUAUGCUGACAGUUUCUUGGUCGGUAUGAUUGAUUCAUUGCCAGACGUGUAUCCUAAAUUAGAAGCUUGGGUGGAGGAUGUACUCUUAGAGGAGGGAAAUGCCACUAUUCUCACCCUCUUUGUAUGCCUCCUAACUGUGCUAUAUCUCCGUGAGAGGCAACGAAGGCAAGUUGCUGUUGUAGCUGGAGAGGUAGCUCAGCAAAAUCGUCCUAACGAACUUGGUGUACCUGCACCCAUCUAAUUCAUAAAGGUUCAAUACUGUCAAAUGGCAUGGAUUUAAUGUGCAAUAUAUUCAGUGUAUCAGGUUUUCUUUCCUUUUAGGUGGAAAUGGAAACAGUUUUUUAGCUUCAGGGCAAAUUGUAUUAUAGGGAAACUUCUGGUGGCAGGGUUAUAAGUGAAUUUUGUAGAUACUUCACACAUGUUGGAUCACGUAAGAGAUGAGCUAAAGAUGCGUACAUUGAUGUGUAACUCUUGUAUGGAAUUCUUUGACAUAAUGGUUUUUACAGAGAAUUUUCAUUAAUCAGAAGAGUAUACAACCUCUUCAGAUUAUUUUUUUCA